CCCCUUUGCCUGUUUUUAAUAGGGUAUUUAACUUUUUAUUAUAGUGUUGUAAAAAUUCUUUCUACAUUCUAGAUGCAAGUCCCAAUGUGCUUUCUUGAAUGGAAGGAAAAGUUUCAAAACUUCUGACUUUAUGUUCUGAAGGAUUCUAUGAGGCUGACUUAUUCUUUUCUCUGUUUUCUUGUUUCUCACACCAAAGGGCAGCUUCUUUACAAUUUUAACUCAGUAUGAAUGACACUGUUUUUGGAGCACUGCCACCGCUUCUGUUUGAAAUUUUGAACUAAUAGCAUUAACACUCCAGAACUGUCCCACACACUACCCAGAAAACACAACUACCCUACCAUCUUCUUCUAAGAGAAAAGAUAGUUUCUUCCAUAAAAAUAGUCAAGUUCAGAUAAUUUUAAACUUUUAUAAAGUACACACAUCAUCUAGGGAUCUAACUAAUCAUCUGUGGUGGCUUUAAAAUGUCCACAAAUUCUCUGGCACUCUUUCUUUCAAAAGGGACUUUACCCCUCACCCCUUGAGUACGGGCUGAAUUAUAUGAUGCAUUUCUAAUGGAAAGAAGUAGGGUCGUGUCACUUCUAAGAUUAGGGGACACUGUGGCUUCCUCCUUGCUCUCUCUCUUGCUCUGGUCACGAGGACACUUGAGCAGCCCAACAGAGAGGUACACAUAGUGAGGAACUGAAGCCUCCUGCCAACAGCCAUGUUGCGCACGCCAUCUUGGAAGCGGUCCCUCCAGCUCCAGUCAAGCCAUCAAAGGACUGCAGCCCCUGACAACAUCCAGACUGCAACUCACGAGAGACCCAGAGGCAGAAGCACCCAGCUGAGCCACUCCCAACUUCCCAAGCCACAGAAAAUGAGAGAUAACAAAUGUUGGUUGUCUUAAGCCACUACCUCUCGAGGCACCCCUGGGACUCCCUGGCAAACCUCCCACUGAAGGAUGUGUCACUUUGGAGCCUCUGCGGAGCCUUCUUUCAGAAGGUGGAGCCCAGCCCCGACCGUCCGGCGAGGCGCAAACCGGACAAGGCGCGUGGAGUUGGAGGGCAUCCGUGGUUGUUUUUGUUCAGGAAGCCUGUGCUUUUUCUAUGGCAGGAAACUUGGCGCCCGUGCCCCUCAGCCCAGCCCCGCAGAGAUGCCUCCCCAGCUCUCAGAUGGCCUCAGCUACUCAGCCAAAGUCGUCCAGGGCACCCUGGACAGCCUGCCCCAGGCCGUGAGAGAGUUCGUGGAGAGCAACGCCAAGCUGUGCUGGCCCGACCAGAUCCACAUCUGCGACGGCUCCGAGGAUGAGAACCGACAGCUGCUGGGCCACAUGGAGGAGGAGGGCGUGAUCAAGAGGCUGAGGAAGUAUGACAACUGCUGGUUGGCUCUCACUGACCCCAGGGAUGUGGCCAGAAUUGAAAGCAAGACGGUCAUCAUUACUCAAGAGCAAAGAGAUACGGUGCCCAUCCCCAAAACCGGCCUCAGUCAACUGGGUCGCUGGAUGUCUGAGGAGGAUUUUGAGAAAGCGUUCAAUGCCCGAUUUCCAGGGUGCAUGAAAGGUCGCACCAUGUACGUCGUCCCGUUCAGCAUGGGGCCCCUGGGCUCGCCUCUGUCCAGGAUCGGCGUGGAGCUGACAGACUCGCCCUACGUGGUGGCCAGCAUGCGUGUCAUGACACGGAUGGGCACGCCCGUCCUGGAGGCGCUGGGGGACGGGGAGUUCGUCAAGUGCCUCCAUUCCGUGGGGUGCCCUUUGCCUUUAACAAAGCCUUUGGUUAACAACUGGGCCUGCAACCCGGAGAUGACACUCAUCGCCCACCUGCCCGACCGCAGAGAAAUCAUCUCCUUCGGGAGCGGGUACGGCGGGAACUCGCUCCUUGGGAAGAAGUGCUUUGCUCUCAGGAUGGCCAGCCGGCUGGCCAAGGAGGAGGGGUGGCUGGCAGAGCACAUGCUGAUUCUGGGCAUAACCAACCCCAAGGGCCAGAAGAAGUACUUCGCGGCUGCCUUUCCCAGCGCCUGCGGGAAGACCAACCUGGCUAUGAUGAACCCCACCCUCCCCGGGUGGAAAGUAGAGUGUGUGGGGGACGACAUCGCCUGGAUGAAAUUUGACCAACAAGGUAACUUGCGGGCCAUCAACCCAGAGAACGGGUUUUUUGGUGUCGCUCCUGGCACCUCUGUGAAGACCAACCCCAAUGCCAUCAAGACCAUCCAGAAGAAUACCAUCUUCACCAACGUGGCUGAGACCAGCGAUGGGGGCGUUUACUGGGAAGGCAUUGACCAGCCACUGGCCUCGGGCAUCAAGCUCAUUUCCUGGAAGGGCAAGGAGUGGGACCCCAAGAAUGGGGAGCCUUGCGCCCACCCCAACUCGCGGUUCUGCACCCCUGCCAGCCAGUGCCCCAUCAUCGACCCAGACUGGGAGUCUCCGGACGGCGUGCCCAUCGAGGCCAUCAUCUUCGGAGGGCGCCGGCCUGUUGGCGUCCCUCUGGUCUAUGAGGCUCUCAGCUGGCAGCAUGGCGUGUUUGUGGGUGCGGCAAUGAGAUCGGAGGCCACGGCAGCGGCGGAACACAAGGGCAAAGUCAUCAUGCACGACCCCUUUGCCAUGCGGCCCUUCUUCGGCUACAACUUCGGCCAGUACCUGGCGCACUGGCUUAGCAUGGCCCGGCGCCCCGAGGCCAAGCUGCCCAAGAUCUUUCACGUCAACUGGUUCCGGAAGGACGAGGCCGGCAGGUUCCUCUGGCCGGGCUUCGGCGAGAACUGCAGGGUGCUGGAGUGGAUGUUCGCCCGUGUUGGCGGCACAGGGGGCGCCAAGCUCACGCCCAUCGGCUACAUCCCCGACGAGGACGCCCUGGACCUUCGGGGCCUGGGGGACGUCAGCGUGAAGGAGCUCUUCCACAUCUCCAAGGAGUUCUGGGAGGAGGAGGUGGAAGACAUCCAGAAGUACCUGGAGGAGCAGGUGAACGCCGACCUCCCCCGUGAGAUAGAGAGCGAGGUCCUGGCCCUGAAACAAAGAAUCAGCCGGAUGUAAUCACAUCCACACCUCACCUGGUCCUGCGCCUCCAGUCCAUACAGUGCGAGAGAGAGAGCGAGAGAGAGAGAGAGAGACAGAGAGAGAGAGAGAGAGAGAGAGAGAGAGAGAGAGAGGGAGAGAGAGAGAGAGAGAGAGAGAGACGGGGCUUCCUAAGUUCUCACUGCCUGCAGCACCGCAAUGACCGCACCCAGGGGCCAAUCGAAAGACACCCCUUAAUUUUUCUGAUAAGACCACAGCAGAGUAAAGCUAGUCACUAAUGAGGCUGUGGAGGGAAAUCUCAGCAGGCUCCAAAGUUCACUAUGCAAUGCACCUUUGUUCAACUUAGGGACACUCAGGCUCAGUCUGUUUUGUUCUUUCUCUUUAGCUGUAUCAGUUAGCCGAAUGC